UCGCAUUCUGACUGACGAAAACAUUUCGUUAUCGUCUUUGCUACGGGUGAUAAGAUGGCGAAGUCUAUCCAUAAUUCUCUCGUUAUGUUUGUUGUCGUACUCGUCAACCUCCACUCACUCUUCCAUUACGAUUCUCGAGUACACGCGGUAGAAGUCACAGCCGAUUCCCCAUGCUCCAACUUCUGCAUCAACAGUCCCGGCCUCAACAUCUCCGACAUUGCGAGUUCGCAGACUUUCAGUGGUGACCUAAGCUGCCUUGAUUCUGACUAUAAUGGAGAUAACAGUACCGCGAUAGGCCGGAAGUUCCGGUCGUGUGUGAGUUGUGAGCAGACAAGUAAAGCAGUGGACACGAUCUACGAAGAAAAUGACGUCUAUUGGUUUCUCUUCAACCUCAAAUCCACAGUAGUAUGGUGUGUCCAAGGUUUCUUCGAAAGCGAACAAAACCCCAACACGACGCUCGCAAAUACUCAAUGCAACUCCGCCUGUGACACCAUUGGCAACGCACUAGAAGACCGUCUGAAGCAAACAAACGAGUCUCUCCAAUACAACUACUGUACUUCCAACAAUGGCGCCUUUAUGUCCGGCGUCGACAAAUGCACAAACUGCCUCGUCGCCAUCGACAACCUCAAAAUCCUCGGGAACUUCCUUUCGGCGUUAAAGUCGGCCUGCCAACAAAAGCCCGCCUUGAGCUCCACAAUCUCCCUUAGCACAAAUGUCUUUUCUAUCACCGGUGCCACCUCUAGCCCCAGUAUCUCCACUCCCACUAGCAGUUCCACCAAUUCGGCUUCCUCCAUCCCCACCGCCAUCUCCUCAUCCUCCAUCUCCGGCGGCGCAAUAGCAGGGAUAGCAGUAGGCACUGUAGCCGGCCUCGCUAUCCUCGCCACAGUAGUUUACCUUCUCCUCAGAAGGCGGAAAAAGAGUGGACAGGGACAGGGAAAGAUGGGAGAGUUGGACGGAACCCAGAGUCAGGUUCCUGGAUACAGACAGGGGAAGGAAUAUAAGCAGCAUGCCCCCGGACAUGGAUCUGGGAAUGGGUAUGGAGUUUUACAGCAGCACUCUGCGUAUGGAUAUAAUCAGCCCUCAGAAAUGGGCGCUGAGAGACCGCUUGCUGAAUUACCGGUGGAACCCAGAGUCUGA